UUUUGCCUUUUUGUAUCUAAACCAAAUUAUUAUCAUUAUUAUCCUAAACAUGGCUACUAUCUUUGGUUCCCCACCAAUUUCCUCACUCCCCCUUACCAGAACCACUCAUCUCAUAGCAUCUUCUUCACAAACACCUCCACCACAACAACCUCAACCCUCAGGUUCAUCCUCUCCACAGCCAACAAAUUUGAAUGAAGAUCAGACAGUGCAAGUCUCUAUCAGUUCACAGCAACAGAAGCCUAUUAAACCAGUAGUUUCAUCAACUAAGGUUGAUUCCACAGAUUGGAUAGCCACUUCUUUAACUAGACGGUUCGGCCUCGGAGCUGGUCUUGCAUGGGUUGGCUUUCUCGCUUUUGGCAUCGUCUCAGAACAAAUCAAAACUCGCCUCGAGGUUUCCCAGCAAGAGGCUAAUACAAGGAAUGUCGAGGAGACAGAAGAGGUCAUUCUGCCUAAUGGCAUAAGAUACUAUGACUUGAAGAUUGGUGGCAGGGAUACGCCGAGGCGAGGUGAUUUGGUUGUGAUUGAUAUAAUGGGAAAAGUCGAAAGCACGGGUGAAGUGUUUGUGAACACAUUUGAAGGGGAGAAGAAAGCAUUGGCACUAGUGAUGGGGUCAAGGCCAUAUAGUAAAGGAGUGUGUGAAGGGAUAGAGUAUGUGCUGAAAAGUAUGAAGGCAGGAGGGAAGAGGAAGGUGAUAGUGCCACCUGAAUUGGGAUUUAGAGAGAAUGGUGCUGAUUUAGGUUCUGGUGUGCAAAUUCCACCACUUGCAACACUUGAAUAUAUUGUUCAAGUUGAUAAAGUUUCCAUUGCACCAGCUUGAUGAUGAUUAUGAUUAAAUGUAACUGUUAUGCUGAUUUCUUAAGCAAAAAUGCAGGGUGCUUUGGAUUUGUCAUAUGAUAAAUGUUCAUUUUUUAUGUUGUCAUUUUGUAUGGAGUGUGAAAAUAUACUUGAGGUUACUUGCUUGAUACACUUGAAAUUUUGCUAUAUUUUGUGAUAUGUACAAAAUGUUUAUGA